AUGAGUAAGAUUAUUGAUCGAAAUAGACUUGACACUUCUGACUCAUUUAUUGAUCAGAACAUUAAGCUGCUAACCUGCAGGAUGUGUGACUAAAUUCUUAUUUCAAAAUUCAAUCCAAAGGCUUGCGGUUGCAAUCAAGCUUACUAUUGUGAUGACUGUUUAGCAAAUAGUCCAAAUGCUAUAUGUCUAGAGUGCAAUGAUGUAAAAGAGCUAGAUGGCCUAAAUGAGAUUCACAAAAAUAUUUUGGAUAAGAUAAAAGUUACAUGCAUAAAUAGAACGUAAGGAUGUAGAAUCAAGAUCUUGAUUUCAGAACUUAGUAUGCAUGAAACCCAGUAAUGCUUAUUCAAAAAAGAGGGUAAAAAUGAAAGCAUAAGCUGCCCAUUUUGUACACAGUAAAUAAAGACAUUUGAAGAAAGGGAAAGCCAUUACUGUUAAAAACAAAUCUAAUAUUGCCACAAACAUAAAGAUUCAUCCAAAAUUACAAUUGAUAGGAUUUCUAACCUUUCUGAGGUCUAAAAAUUACUAGAUUUUGUCAGAUGUGGACUCUGUAGCAAUCUUUUGAAUUAGCCUAGGCAAUGUUGCAAGUGUAAUCAGCAUUUUUGUUAAAAUUGCAUUGUAAAGUCAUUACUUUACUAGAAUUAUUGCCCAAAUUGCUAUUAAAAAGAGCCAUCAUAUACUGGCAUCUAACGAAACCUACAAAAUAUCCUUAAUCAAUUCAAAGUUACCUGCAAAAAUAACUCAGAAUCCUGCUAGAUGGUGUUAAACUACAAAGAUUUAGAGGCCCAUGAAAAUAAUUGUAACUAAUGCUUGCUAUGCAAAUAGAAGUGCUAGUUUUGUCAUGAGAUAAAUGAUUUCUCAGAUACACAUAAGUGCAAGUCUUAACUUAAUGGAACAGCGCAGCCUUAGGGAUUUUUCGAUAGAAUAUUUAGCAAGAAAAAAAUAGAAAGUCAAUAUGUUGAAAUUGAAACAGCCAAACUUAGAUCUAAGAAGUAGAUUGAAUUCUAAAAGCUAGAUGAUACUCAAGUAGAAUUGCAAAUAGUCUAAGAGUAAAACGAUAGAGACAUACUUCAAAUUGAGUAAGCAGGAUACUUUAUGAGAGUUUCAGAAAAUAUUAAGCAGUAUUAUAACUACCCUACUAGAAUCUAAGUUUUCUUUAUUAUUCUCACUGCAUUAUUCGAUCCUAUCAUGCAAAACAGUGUCAUGUUUUUACUGAUACACUAUCUUAGCACCUAAACAUUUUUAUCGUAUAGAAUAAAGAAUUCAUUCUUAACAUUCUUUUCAGCAUAUGUUUUCUUUACAUUUAUUUGUGCACUUGUUAUUUCCUUAUCAAUUAAGCCAAGAAGAGAACCUAGAGGAGCGAAAUUUAUCUAACUAAUAAUAUCAAUAUUUAGUUUGCAAUACUUUAUGUUCGUAUUUAUGCCUUGGGUGCAAAAUUAUUACACUUAUUAGGACCUUUUUAAUUCGAUAAAGAAUACUACAGCAUUUAGAAAUCUCGCAUAGUCAGCAAUUAUGGUAACUCUUGUAACAGUAGUUGGACUGAAUAAUUAAGACAACGAUUUCUAAUGGUGGACGCUGGGAGUUUUAGGAAGUUCAAUCCCAUUUAACAUUAUUGAGUGCUUUGCAUUGCAGUUUCAAUGA